CUAAGAUCAGGGGCUUGGGUGAAUUUUUGGGUUUACCCCAUGGCUUUCGUAAAGUAGCACAGAUAGUGGGAAAUACUGUCCUCUUUUUAUUGGGGUCUGCUAGAAACAGACCACAAUGCUAAGGACCCUGAGCUCAGGCAGGAACCACCUAAAGUCCUGGAGUUUCUCCAUCGUGGUCGAGCAGAUAUGGGGGACCCUCAGAAGCCUUCCGGUAAGGCUGGGGCAUGCCUGCUCACAAGGUCCCUGCACUCCAGGUGACAGGAAUAAUGCGUUGCACCCCCUCUGGAAGGGUCUGGCCUCCACACCACAGGGAGCCCGGCAGUCCCCCAUCAACAUCUGCUGGAGGGACAGCGUGUAUGACCCCAAGCUGGGACCCCUCAAGGUUUCCUAUGAUGCAGCCACCUGCCUCCACGUGUGGAAUACGGGCUACCUCUUUCAGGUGGAGUUCGAUGACUCCACAGAGGGCUCAGGCAUCAGUGGCGGCCCCUUGGAGAACCACUACAGACUGAAGCAAUUCCACUUUCACUGGGGAGCAGUGAACGAGUGGGGCUCCGAGCACACGUUGGAUGACCAUGUGUACCCAGCAGAG